UUCUGCCGAUCGCCAUUUUGCUUGUACUAUCCGUUCUCCAUAUCCGAGCGAUCCUCCCUGUAAUUGACGAAGUCCAAAAUUUUCAGCCUCUGAAUUCAGGAAGAAGAAAAAGAAGAGACGAAAAUGGUAAAAGUGGCAACUUACUUUGCGAUGACUUUAGGAGCCUUCGUAUUCUGGCAAUCUAUGGAGAAAAUUCAUGUCUGGAUCGCCCUCCAUCAAGAUGAAAAGAAGGAGAGACUGGAGAAGGAAGCAGAGAUCAGGAGAGUUAGAGAAGAGCUGCUUCGACAAGCCAAAGAGAGGGAAGAUGCCCUUGCUUAAAUUUCAGUUUUCUAUGGCCAGUGCCCUGUGGCCUUUUCUCCCCUUGUAUUGGUACUUACUUUCAUUGAAGAUUUUGUUCUAGUCUCUAUGAAGUUCUCAUAUGCAUUAAAUCUCUCAUAAGCUGAUGACUCUGAUUGUCAAUGGCCCUUUAUUGUUCUGUUUUAUUCAAUCCUAGCUUGUUUGUAUCAUCAGAAGUUAAUGGAAUCUGUGAUUUUCACCUGUUUUUUA